UUGGAUUAUACCGACAAUUCACUCGUUUACCAUAAUUUCAAUCCUGUGAUAUUUAGAAUGGCGACAAUUUCCAUUGCUAUCAGAAAGGGCGAGAGAAUCGGUAGUUUUCUUGCCUAACUUUGUCGUCCCUUGAAUCCUUGGGGGCUUUGAUUCAAUUCAUUUCUCAUUGGCGAGAGGUCACGUGCUCAUCGCCAAAGCUUCAGCGAACGUCAAGUGCUCCAACAUCCAAAAGUCAGGACAUCAAGGACGGCCAAUUGCCUGAGCCUCGCUCUAUACACAUCCGCCAUCAUGGCCUCGAGAAUACGGCUCCUCCGAUUAGCCCAACGGCCAUCUUUCUCAACGGCAUGUCGCCGCGUCAGCCGACCCCGCCACUUCACAUCCUCCUCCAAAGCACUUAGCGACAGCGUCUUUGUGCACCGGGACACUGAAGCCAACAACCCCUCCAUCCCCUUCAAGUUCUCCGCCGAGAAUGAUAAGCUCAUCGCCGAGAUCCUGGCGCGGUAUCCGUCGCAGUACAAGAAGGCGGCCGUGAUGCCGUUGCUGGAUCUGGGGCAGCGACAGCAUGGGUUCACGAGCAUCAGCGUCAUGAACGAAGUGGCAAGGCUUCUUGAGAUGCCGCCGAUGCGGGUGUACGAGGUGGCGACGUUCUAUACGAUGUAUAACCGGAAUCCGGUGGGGAAGUAUCAUGUGCAGGUGUGCACGACGACCCCUUGCCAACUCUGCGACUCCGACGCCGUCAUGCAAGCCGUCGAAUCCGAACUCGGCAUCCACCAUGGCCAGACCACCGCCGACGGUCUCUUCACCUUCACUGAAGUCGAGUGUCUCGGCGCCUGCGCCAAUGCUCCCAUGAUCCAGAUCAACGAUGACUACUACGAGGACCUCACCGCGGCAACCACCACCCAGUUGCUGAAGGCGCUGAAGGCUGCGGAGACGUCCGGCGGGCAGAAGGUCGAGGUGCCAAAGGCCGGGCCGCUCAGUGGCAGAGAGAGCUGUGAGCCAGCCGGGGGAUUGACGAGCUUGACGAGCGCGCCAUGGGGGAAUGAGACGUUGAGGAAGGAUGGGGCGUUGGAUUGAGUGUGAUGAAAGGUACUGGGUGUAGAAUGGUUGUGGGUGUACGACCUGUACGUUGAGGGUUAUAUGUACAUGUGUAUAUAGAUACAGUGCUUUGCGGCACGGUCGCGAUCUGCGGAUCGCCCUCGGCCGCAAAGUGAUUGCUUUAAUGCAACCAAGUUCGACCAAAAUUGCAGUCUACUAAUUCCG